CCUUUUGAAGCGCUUCCUUUUAGUUGUCAACAAGGAAUGUGAAUGGAUACUGAACAGUAGCUCUUAGCAGUAAAUGGUGUUCAAGACGAAUGGGAAACACUUUGCUGAACAAAUAACCGCGUCUGUUCUGUAGUGUCACGUCGGUCAGACAUACCUUUUAAACAAAGACAGAUGUGGAUUGAGUGAUACUCCUGUCACCAGGCUUCAGAAUAUCCAUGUGCAUAAUCUUCUUAAAGUUUGAUCCUCGGCCUGCGUCCAAAAAUGCCUACAGGCUAAUUUUGGCUGCAAAUAGAGAUGAGUUUUACAACAGACCGUCCAAAGCUGCCGACUUCUGGGGCACCAACAGUGAAAUCCUCAGUGGUCUGGACCUAGAGUAUGGUAAGGAAGGUGGAUCAUGGCUGGGAAUCAGCAAGAGGGGCAAGGUGGCCGCCAUCACAAACUACAUGGAAGGACAUCCUAAUCCUAAUGCACAAGGAAGAGGGUUCCUUGUGUCGAACUACCUUAUGGAUAAGGAUGUGGACAGCUACUCCUACCUGAAGAAGGUGUCUGCAGAAGGCCACUUGUACAAUGGCUUCAAUCUCAUCACAGCUGAGUUCAAAGCCAAACAAGACACUGUGUGUUACUAUGGAAACAGAGGCAGCUCUGAACCCAUCCGUCUGAAUCCAGCAGGGAUCUACGGCUUAAGCAAUUCACUCCUGGACACUCCAUGGAAGAAGCUUCUGAAAGGCAAGGAGCACUUUACCAACGUCGUCGGUGACCAGUCGCUGUCCGGCGACGGAUUGGUCCAAGCGCUGCUCCACGUCCUUAAUAACGAGGAGCUCAACACACCUGACCCACUGCAAGAGCAGCUGGGUGAAGGAUACAGCAGGUCCAUGGUCCAGGCUCUGUCAGCUGUAUGCGUCCGCUCUCCUCAUUAUGGCACAAGGACCAACACAAUAAUCCUGAUAGAUGCAGAGGGGAAUGUCACCUUCACAGAGCGCACAAUGCUCGACGUCGACGCAAGCAAGUGGAGCACCAAUUCUUUCCAGUUCAACCUCCAGGCAUGAAGAUGAGCUAGAGGAGACCAACUCUGUGCCUUUCUGCAGCCUCUUUCCCCCUCCAUCAGCCACUCUGCUGCAGCUGCUCUGCCCUCGUUGCAGCACCAAGAGCAGAAAGACUUGUGUGCACUUUUUUCUUCAGCUAGACGCCGUCUGUCUCAUGUACAUCAACCACAUGAAUUCUCUGCCCUUGAGUUCAAAUGUUUUUUUGUUUUUUUUUUAAAUUGUGCUAAGUUAAAUAAAUCGCCAAAGGACAAUUACAUUUUUAUGAAUAAAAACGUUUUAUCCACAUGUCACAGAAUACACCUGCUGGGAUGCUUGAGAAUGUCUAAUCUGUUAUUGUCCAGGCAACCAUAAAGUCCUCGUGAUGCCGUCUAAUGUUGCUGGAGUCAAACUUUAUACCUCUAAAUUUAAAAAAGAAAUAGACUCUUCCAGAUUUCAGACUGGAACUUUUAAAGUCAAAUUACCAAAGUUUGAGGACAGAACAACAUAUUAUAGAUGAAGGUAACCCUCUCCAUUAGUGGUUACUUUGACAGCACUUGGGUAUUUCAGAAAUUUUAUAGUAUUUAUGGCAUUCCCUGUUGUUGAAUAAUGAAUUUACAACUAUUAGACAUGGAAUACCGUUUAUUCAAUUGCAGUCUAAAAAAAUCCGUCAUGGGAAAAUUAAUAUUUGACGGUUUGUUUUUACAUUUUCAAUGCAAUUUAGUUCCCUAAACAUUUGAGACGUGUGUUUUAUUAUGCAGGUGGUUGUUAUUGGUAUUGAUUAGAACACCCAACUUGAUCAAAGUUUGAGCUCUUGGAUCCAAACGGUUCCAGAAAGGUAUAAAAAAAAUUGCUAUUGUGGGGUUUCACAUUUACUCUAAUUUUUAUGAUGAUUUUAUGUAAACUUCUGACUGCAACUGUAGGUGAUUAAAGUCAGUGGUGUUAUUUGUGCCUAAAUAUGAUAAAGUAUGAAGUCUUAAGCAUGAUUUAUUUGUUUAAAAACCCAACACCUUUACAUACAAAUAACACCUUUCAGUAUGUCUCAAUUUUACAAUUCAGCAAUGUAGCUCCUCUUACAUCAGCAUGCAAACAGCGACAUCCCCUGGUCAAGUGUACUGAAAUAAAGCAUUUGUUUCUUA